AUGGGAAGCAGAGCCGCCAGCGAGCGCGGAUGUCGGGAGAAGCCCUACGAUGCCACCGGAGAAGACGAGUGGGUUUCAUCAGGUAAGAGUCAGGUUCUCGUGCAGAGCAUCCCCCGGGUGACGGCCUGGAUCUUCUCCAUCGUGGUGUUCGGCUCCAUCGUGAACGAGUGCUACGUGAACAGGGACAGCCAGGACCCCGAGCUGCUGUGCGUCUUCAACGAGAACGAGAGCGCCUGCAGCUACGGCAUCGCCGUGGGCAUCAUCGCCUUCUUCAGCUGCAUCUUCUUCUUCGUCGUGGACCUCUACUUCCAGCAGAUCAGCAGCGUGAAGGACCGCAAGCGGGCCGUGCUGAUGGACCUCAGCUUUUCAGGCAUCUUGUCCUUCCUGUGGUUUGUCGCUUUCUGCUUCCUCGCCAACCAGUGGCAACGGACGACGAUGAGCAAAGGGGUUUCGCAAGGAGCCGACGCCGCCCGCGCAGCCAUCGCCUUCUCCUUCUUCUCCAUCAUCGCCUGGGUCGCGCUGGCCGCCAAGGCGCUGCAGCGGUACCGCCUGGGCACGGACAUGUCGCUCUUCGCCACGGAGCAGUUCGCGGCCGACGGCAGCGCCGCCUACCCCGGCUACCCGGCGGGCAGCGGCGUCGAGAGCAAGGGCAGCUCCGAUAAGAGCGACGGUCACCAAAAUCCCCCCGUGACCUUGGCACGGUCCCACGUGUGA